AUGGAUGGUAUAAAGAGAGGACUUAUCACCCGUUUAGAGCUAUUGGAACAAGAAUUGAAUCCAUUGAUAGAUGAUUUUAAAUCAAAAUUGCCAGACGCAAUACGUGCGUUGCAAGCUUAUCGAUCUGAUAGAAGUAACCGACAAAAAUGGGUUCAAUAUAUAACACAUAGUCAAGAAGUAAAUGAUGGCGCCUAUAAAAUAGGAUACAAAAUAAAAGAAAUAGAACUUCAAAGAUUGGAAAUUAUGAAAGGUAAUUUAUAA